GAUGCCCCAAACGCUGAGGUCUACCAGCAUGUUUACCCCAUGUGGCUUCAGCCCUCAUCUACAUACUUCGAAAGAAGACGAACAAGGAGGACUGAUCUUCCAGGAUGGAAACCUUACCUCAGCCUCUCUGGAUGCUCUAAUCCAGCAUCUUAUACCCACCACUGAUUACUACCCUGAAAAGGCUUAUGUAAAAAUUGCCUCUGCUUGUCUCUUUUCUGCAGAAAUUUUUUCCAGGCUCUUCAUCGAACCUCACGAGCUUCUGUCCCGAGUCUGUCACAAGUGCAUUGAGCAGCAGCGGCUGGAUGACCCGGUGUUGGACAAGGCACGGAUCAGAAAAUUUGGACCCAAAAUCUUACAGUUGCUGACGGAGUGGACAGAAACAUUCCCGUAUGAUUUUCAGGAAGAACGGAUGAUUGGCCAUCUGAAAGACAUGAUUCACAGGAUAGCCCCGUGUGAUGAGGCCUACUGGAAAAAAAUGAAUCAGCUUUUGCAAACCCUGAAUCAGAAGCUUGCAACCCUCAGCCAUGGGCAAGAAGGGAUUGUCAAGAUUAGUGCUGCUGUCUCAGAUAAGCUGGUUGCCUUUAAAAACAAGCCCCCGUCAAUCCAGAGGGAAAUCCUGAGUGUGUGCAGUGACCCCUACACGCUGGCGCAGCAGCUCACGCACGUGGAGUUGGAGAGGCUAAGUCACAUUGGACCCGAGGAAUUUGUGCAGGCGUUUGUCCAUAAAGACCCUUUGGAUGGCACCAAGACUUGUUUCAGUGAGCAGAAGAAGACAAGUAACCUUGAGGCCUACGUGAAAUGGUUCAAUAGACUCUGCUAUCUCGUAGCAACAGAGAUUUGCAUGCCAGCAAAAAAGAAACAGCGAGCGCAAGUCAUCGAGUUCUUCAUUGAUGUCGCUCGAGAGUGUUUUAAUAUAGGAAAUUUUAAUUCACUGAUGGCAAUCAUUUCUGGAAUGAACAUGAGUCCGGUUUCCAGGCUAAAGAAGACUUGGUCAAAAGUGAAAACAGCAAAAUUUUUCAUUCUUGAGCACCAGAUGGACCCUACUGGGAACUUCUACAACUACCGGACGGCGCUGCGGGGAGCUGCUCACAGGUCCCUCACUGCACACAGCAACAGGGAGAAG